AAAGAAACGGUUGGAAGGCGGAACCCUCACCAGCGCCAUGGCGGAUCCAGAACAACUCAGUCCAAGGAUGCUGGAGAGCUUGCUUGGGGAGAUGGAAGGCACAACCAAGACAGCCGCUACCGGAAAGGCGGCUGCAAGCGACCAGGGCCGAACUCGCGAAGUUCACCGUGACUUCUUUCAAGGAAUGGUGGAGCAGUUGACCUCCACGCUGCACAAAGAGUUUGUUGUCCGACUGGAAAGCGAGAUUGAUCGGGUGCGUUUGGCUUAUGCCGAAGCGAUGCAGAAGGAGAAGGAAGGCUUUCAGGAGCAGCUCUGGCAGUUGGCGCAGCACUUGAAAGUUCCAGAGAGCCAGAAGACGGGUGAGGGCUGUGCAGAAUCGAGCAGCCUGCCAGAGCACAAUUUGACGAAGGAGCAGCUCCAAAGCUUCGAGGAGGCCGCACAGCUAAAUAUCCAGGUGGCUGAGCUGCUCUCCAAGCGCCGGGAGUUCUUGGAUCAGCCUUCGGUGCCCUAUUGCAAGGCCACAGCCGUGACGCUGAAGGAGCUCGUCAAGCGGACGGAGACCUUGCAGGAAUACUGCAACCAGCGCUUAGCAGCAUUGACCCUGGACUUCGCGCCGAAGAACCUGGCUGGGAAAGCCUUUCCUGUACAAGUUCAACCCGCAGUGGACACCGUUAAGACGGUGAAACAACGCCUUCGAGCUGAACAUGACUGCCAAAGCUGCGUCGUGAAGCUUUGUGUCUCUCAGGAGCAAGUCAUGGAUAUGCAAGAUCUCGAGCUCUUGAUGGAUUACGACCUUGAGCAGGAAGUGACCCUCAUUCUGGUGGAUAGCCUGGUGGCGAAUCCCGUGGUGAGGUUGGCCUUUGAAGACCCAGCUUCGUUGGCCUUCGAUUCUGUAUCUGGCAGAUCAGGCUCCGUGGACCAUCCAGAUCAAGUGGUGUCGAUUACCACUUCAGGGAGGACGGGUGUGAAUAUUCAAGGUCGCGGCUGCUUGGUCCUGCCCAAGCCGGUCGCCCUGGGGGAGGAGUGGACGAUUUCUGUUUGGACGCUGGGCCCCAUCGAUGUGGGCGACCACACCUACAGGGACCUGGUAGAUUCCAUGAACUCCCAAGAGCGCAUCGCCGUGAUCCUGGCGCGUGGACGCUUGGGGAACUACAAUAGCAACUCCUUCAUUGAGGGCUUCAAUGCGCGUGACUUGACCUCGGGCUGGCAUCACAUUGCCGUUGUGGGCCAGACACGGUGCACCACGUACUACGUGGACGGUCAGAGCCUGGGCACGAAACGAGGUCGUGCCCGGGGCGCCAUCGGUGUGGUCGGCAACUCCAGGGGCUGCAACGAGUCUUGGGGCUACAUGUCGGACUUCCAGAUCUUUGGCGUGGCGGCCAGUGACGCACAGAUCAAAAACAUCUACGAAGCAGGAGCACCUUCAACGCCGGACACCAAUGCGGAGCCGUGGCAAGUUGCUGUGGCAAGGUGUGGUCGUGGCAAAGAUCAUCGUGUCGACCGCCAGGCAGAAUUCCGACUUAUCUUCUCCCAGCCUGAGUGACUUCUCCGACUCGGAUUCCUCCGCGCGCUCGUUCCCCUGAGAGAACUCCACUGUCAGGGUUGGUCCGGCCACCAAAGGUGCGGACGCGCCCAAUGACCCGAGGCAAAAAGAUGGGCCUGACGAGGAACUGUUGCCUUUGAUCUGUUUUCCGUGGUUGAAGUAGCGCUACAAGAUAUUACAAGAUAUUCAAGGUCGAGGAAUACGGUCUAUUUGCAGCCUGUGCCAUCAAUGAAUCAAGACCGUGUGACGCAAGCCAGCCGUGGAUCAGAG